UUACUAUCUACAUAGAGGUUCCUUAGUCUGCACGAAUGUCAGAUGAAGAAGGAGAUGCCUUGUCAGUUAUGUUGGGAAAUGGGGAUUCCGAGAAAAAAAAUUCUGAUGUUAAUAAUGUGACCAGAAAGUAUAGUGAUGAGUGGUCUGAGCUGUGCAUUCUUGCGGAUAAGGGUCUCCCCGAGUUGAAAAAGCAUGCCGUGUCGAUGCGCCUUCAAGGGUCCAGGCUGAGAAGUAUAUAUUGGCAGUUAUUGCUUGGGUCCCUUCCUACAACUCCGUCUCUCUGGAUCUCCAUACUUCGCCAACAAAGAAAUUCAUACAGACUUCUUCAUCAGCGAUUGACUGUCAAUCCACAUCGAGACAAUGUUAAUGUUGAUGUUGAUAACCCUCUGUCACAGAGUUGUGUUAGUGUGUGGCACCAGUAUUUCUGUGAUAAAGAACUGAGAGCUUUGAUUCGACAAGAUGUUGUACGCACAUUUCCCAAAAUGGAUUUCUUCCGCUCUGAGAGUAUUCAAUUAACAAUGGUUAAUAUAUUAUUUUGUUACGCUCGAGAGCAUGCAGAGAUUUGUUAUCGACAGGGUAUGCAUGAAGUUUUAGCUCCGCUGCUGUAUGUGAUGCACAGUGAUCAACAGUUUCUUGUUCGUGCUCGGGAAUCAGCAGCUGUCAGUGAAAAAGCUGCUGAGAUCCUGGACCCUGCUUGGCUGGAAGAAGAUGCAUACUGGCUGUUUUCUCAAUUGAUGACGCAUCUUGCUGGGAGCUAUAGGGUGAAAAAUGUUACUCCCUUAACAACUGGUCACUUUCCUUCAAGUUUAGGGAAGUCUAAUGGUCAUGCAAGUCAUGUCGGAGCCGAAACAGAGUUAGCAAUGAGACUUAACCACAUUAAAGGUGAACUUUUGGCUUGUUUUGACAAGGAACUUCAUCAACACCUAAAAAUUCUUGAUAUCCCAUUUCAAACAUUUGGCAUACGAUGGUUGAGACUAAUGUUCGCUCAAGAGUUUCCCCUGGAUGAUCUCAUGUACCUAUGGGAUGCUGUUUUUGCUGAAGGAGAUGAUCUUGUCAAUUAUAUUGUUGUUUCAAUGCUGAUAGCUAUUCGAGAUCAAUUACUUGUGGAAGAUGAUACUGAGUGUUUAAUGUUACUUAUGAGGUAUCCAUCGGGUAUUGAUGUUAAAACCAUAGUGGAAAACGCUCUGCACAUGUUGAAGCCAAAGAAGUAUGCAUCCCUAAUGCAGGGGACUGCCCAAAAAGAACCAAUGGAAUCUUCUGUCAUUCAAAAGAAGAUGACUUCUCAACCAAGCACCAUCUCAAGGUUUAAAAGGCUAAGCUUGUGGUCACAGAAGAAAGAUGCUACUCCAGUGUCCCGGCCCUAUCCAACCAGUGUGCACAGUCCACCUGAAAAGUCAGCAGCUCGCCUGGACAAGCCUGACAGCAUGAAUAGUGUGGUUGAAGGAUUUACCCUUCAUGACCCUAUGGUAGCUAAGGCAGAGCUUGAACAUCUCCAUCAUCUCAUCACUCUCGUUCAUGCCCAUUUGGAACGUUAUCAUGCCACUCUUGAGCGUACAUUGCCGUCAAAUACUCCCGCUGCUGGGAGGGCAGCCCUUGACGGGAUUAAAAGGCUUUCUGUUCAGUUGAGGCGCUCCAUUCCCUCUUCAUCAAGAUCUAUUGAAGUUGAAACAGCUUCGGAAGCUCAGCCUCUUCCCAGAUCAGGAACAAUGGGUGAAGUUGGUAACAUACCAAUUGAAUCUUCUGGGAGGAACACAAACAAAGAAGCAAGUAAAGAACUGACGGAGCUCAACAUACAUAAUAGGCAGGAAACAUCCACAUGUUUUCCAUUGAUCAAUCCCCUUAGUUUACAGUCAUCCCAGAGAGAUGAUUCACGUCAUGUUUAUUUCUGCAGAGAGUUGGGUGCUGAUCUAGUUGAGAAGCUUGGCACUCUUAAAAUAUAAUAUUGUUUUUUCACAGUGGCAAUAAGAUGAUGAAAAGAGAAACUAAAUACUGUAUGUAUAGUUUAUGGGGAGAGAAAAUAUUUUUUGUGAUAGGCAAAAAGAUUUUUAUCUGUGGUUCAGUAUGGUAUGCAACUUUAAUUUACCUAUCCAUUAUAAUUUUUUGUCGUUUGCACCUUGUCCUAGUCGACCUUGGAAGCAUUUCUGAUUUGUCUUUAGACUAUUAUGUGUAUAUUUUACUUUGCUGUCUUAGUCUUCAGACAGAAGAAUGAGUGACAUUAUAAUUUCAUAGACAUGUCAGCUCUGGUAAGACUGUGACUUUCAGAAUUGUUUUUAUUUCUGAAUGUAUAUUUUGCUAGUUUAAGAAGGCAUCUGAAAUCAUUGUCCUAUUUUUUAUUGUGUUAUUGUAAUUUUUAAGAUGUGAAAAUUUGUUCAUAAAUGGAGUUGUUUGUUACGUAAGGAGUGUCGUUUUUUCCUUAUAAAAGUUUAAUGUAAUUUGUUGCUGUCGUAUGUGAUAUUUCUGUGGAUUUUUAACAAAGUAGCCUUUGUACUCUCUGUGAAAUAAGUGAAAUGCUCAUUAUUAUUAUUGUUAUUAUUAUUUUUAACAACCCCUGCUGAUUGAAGCAAAUUCAAACAUUUGGUACUAGGAUUAUAUGGACUCAUUUUUACUCUUCAUAUCUCAGCUUAUUUUCUGCAUAGCUCAGUACUUUUUCUCUUUCCAGUGCAUAUUAUUGUAACUACUGUAAUGAUAACCAGAAUCAUGUUUUUUAAAAAAUGUGAUAUUUUUACAUGGAAACAUUCCCUUGGGUACUAUCCUUGCAACGCAAUUUGUCAUUGGUUUAACCUGCUCUCUUGUGCCAUAAACUUUCAUUGUCAUCUGUACUUCUGUCAAGACUGACUGUUCCACCAAGUAUUGUCCCUUUUAAUUCAUGGUUGAUGGUAUGCACAUCAAUCAGAAUGUAUAAUGUAUUGCUUUAUUCAUUAAGGAAGAUAAAAGAUUUGUGUUUCAAGUUGAAUUUAUUAUUAAUUGGAAAGAGUGCUUUUCUAUUCGUGUGAUAUGGUCUGGUUAGUAAUAAAUCUUCAAAU